GAGCUGCACUGCGCUGUGCUGUACGUUUCCAGGGACGUGCCCUGAGUGGGCAAAUCAUGCUAAUUGUCUGGGAGAGAAACCCAGCGCUAGACCCAAGAUGAAGGCAGAGAGAGAGGCUUCUUCAAAAGCGUCUGUUGCUGCACUUUUGCUCAAAUUGUGCCUCUUCUUGUCCUCCCUAUCAGACGGGGUCCGGGGCGUGAACAUCACCAGCCCAGGGGCCCUGAUCCGGGGCACUCUGGGCGGGGAGGCCCUGCUCUCCGUGCGCUACUCCAGCACCAGCACCGACCAGCCGGUCAUCAAGUGGCAGCUGAAGAGGGACAAGCCCGUGACGGUGGUGCAGUCCAUCGGCUCGGAGAUCAUCGGGAACCUGCGGCCGGAGUACCGCGACCGCAUCCUGAUCUACGACAACGGCACCCUGCUCCUGCACAACCUCAAGCUCUCCGACGAGGGCGCCUACGAGGUGGAGAUCUCCAUCACCGACGACACCUUCACCGGCGAGGGCAACGUCAACCUGACGGUGGACGAGCCGUUGUCUCGACCCUACGUCCACAUGGCGGCCUCCACAGUGCUGGAGCUGAGCGAGCAGUUCACCCUCAACUGUUCCCAUGACAACGGGACCAAGGCCGUCUACAGCUGGCUGAAGGGCGGGAAGCCCCUGGUCAACGACACGCGCCACCAGCUGUCGCCCGACCACAAGAUCCUCACCAUCGCCCGGGUGCUGAUGGCCGACGACGAUAUCUACAGCUGCGCGGUGGAGAACCCCAUCAGCAGCGUGAGGAGUCCCCCCGUCAAGCUCACCGUCUACAGGCGGAGUUCGCUUUACAUCAUCCUCACCACCGGGGGCAUCUUCCUUCUUAUCACCCUGGUGACAGUCUGUGCCUGCUGGAAGCCCUCCAAAAAGAAAAAACGGCAGAGAGACAAACAGAACUCCCCAGAGAGUGCGUGCCACAAUGAAGCCAAGCAUGAGGUUGAUGUAGUGCCAAAAAUGACCGAUCACGAGCGCAGGAACCCAGUGGCCUUGUAUGUCCUCAAGGAACAGGAUUCCCCUGAGAGGGAGAAUGGGUCGCCUUGCAACUCGCGCAGCCCCUCCGAGCCGAGCAGCCCCCCGAGCUAUGCCAGCUCUCUGCCCUCACAUUCCCCGGACCCCCCGGCCCGGUCAUCCCGCAGGUACCCCCGAACCCCGGCCAGCUCCCCGCCGUCCCUCCAUCGCAAGCCCCACGGCCAUGCCGCUACCUCCCCACCCCACCCCCGCAGUGCGGGCCGCAUGCCCCGCCUGCAGGCGGGUGGGCCCACGGUCCAUCAGACGGAUGAACCGACCCCCUCCUUAGAAAGCGCUUCGCAGACCCAGACCUAACACUCCUCUGGUGUCCCCCCCCUUCCCCUUCCUCCAACCCCUCUCCCCAUUGGCCCUCUAGCGGCAAUGCAGAAACCUAUACCCCAGCUUUUCUGUUUUGACUGUUCACAAGCGAGCGUGUACCCAAUUUAUGGUUCCGAGAACAUGCCUAGAAUAAUAAUUAGCAUAUCAAUGUAAAUGUUAUGAUGAUACAUUUAUCUGGCUUCCUAGAUAUUCCAUCAAUAUUAUUUGUAGGUCGCAAAAAACAGUUGCAGGAACUGUUAGAAUGUUAUUCACUUCUGUUAUUCCAAUUAAAGGGCCUUUUUUAUGUUUUAUUGUGAUACAUAUUCAUUUUAUUCAGAAUGUUUAUUCAAACAAAAAAAGAUAUCUGGUACUUCAUUACUGUAUCUCAAUUAAGAACAUUAUAAAAACAUUAUUGAGACAAUAUAUACAAGUACCCUCCAAAAUGUUAUUGAAAUAACUAAAUAACACUUAUCAGGGUAUUUUACCACAUUUCUGGAUUUUUUUUUUGGUUUGUUUCGAUUUGUUUUUACAAUAAAAUAAAUAAUUUUAAGACUUGAGAAAUGAUAUCUCACCAAAUGGGAAUGUAACUGGAAUGUCCUUCGUUGAUCCUGAAAUGUUCCUGCUAGCUGGGUAAGCGUGAAACAGCUGUUGUCGUCGCAAUUUGGCUGUAACCCAUGUCAACAUAUAUUUUAAAGCAUCCCAGGGUAUCUGACUCCACUACAAAUCAUGGAAUGUUAUUCCAUUACACAGAAAUAAAUGUUUGUGAAAGAAAAAUGUUCUGCUGUCAAUGUGAAAUGUAUGUACGUGCAUGUUUUUUGGCUGUUUGAUAGGUUUGCUUUAGGAACAGUACAUUCAGUCUUUGAUAUUGAUUCUGCAGCAGGUGUGUUGUGGUCUACAGUAUGUCUAUAUUCUACAUGUUAUUGUUUAAACCCUACUGUUUGGCUGAGUGGGAGGGGCUAAUUGUUUUUUUUUUUUUAAGUGCUCUCUUCUGAUUGGCCCACAUAUGGUUUUGUUGAAACCUAAGGAAGAUUAUUUUUUCCUUUGCUGUAUCUUGUAAUAGGACUUUCUAUCUUCGUUAAAUACAUUUCACCCUCAGUUUCUGCAACAAUUUCUGUAUUUGUAAAAUUUUGGUCUACUCAGAUACUUGUUUUGAUUUGUGUAAGUUCAUACGCAAAUAGAAGAUAAAUAUUCUGUUGAAACCAUCCUAGUUACAUUAUAUGAUAUUUUUAGCUAAUGCACUUUUUCAGGCUAACAAUUUGCUGAGUAAAAUGAAGUAUCAGUACACAGAAAUGUUUGAACCCGUUGAAAUAUGCAUACUGCAUGCCCAAAAAACAUUUACUGGAAUUUUUUUUUCUUAGAUAUUUUAUAUUUAUUAUCCUGACAAACCGACAUAUUGUUUAUAUAUUCUGCAGUUGGGUUUUCUGCAAAAACACAAAAUACAAUCCCAAGUCAAUAUCAUAUCAUAAGUUCUUGAAGAAUAAUAUCCAUUGCACAUCAUUUUUGACAUUUCAGUAUGUCAUAUAACAAACCAUGUUAUGUUAUGAGCCUUUAUGUUCUGGAAAAUAUGUAUAUUGUAUAUGAUUUGUACAUAAAUACACUAUAUUUCUUAUGGGGUUUUCGGCAUCUUUUUGGUUUAAUUUUGUUUUUUGUCCUUUUUAAUACAACUAAUGUAAUGUCGCAAUGUUCUCAUCUAUUACUGUGAUGUAAAGAGUUAUGUAGAAAGAAAACAAAUAUGAACCAUGUAAAUGUUCAAAGAAAACACAAUAAAACAAAAGCAAACCAUGGUGGUGACUUUAA